AUGCAGUCCGCGCUGCAGACCGUAACGCGGAACCUGCCGUGGUUCCUGCUGGACCCUGCGCGGUAUAUCCUCGGCCAGGAAUGCUUUAACUCGCUCAUUUGGGACGUCAACUACACCGACGUCAAGUGCCUGCGCCUCGGGCUCUCCAAAGGCCUCGGCCUCGGGAUUGUGGUGUUCGGCAGCAUCAUCAAGUUUCCGCAGAUCUACAAGAUUGUGAGCGCACGCAGCGCGACAGGCAUUAGCCUGGCGAUGUAUAUCCUCGAGGUGAUUGCGUACACAAUCAGCCUCGUGUACGCGAUCCGCCUGCGCAUUCCGUUUAGCACCUAUGGCGAGAAUGCGAGCUUGACCGUGCAGAACAUGGUCAUUACGCUGCUCAUCAUUGCAUACUCGCCGAUGGACUCGUACUCGCGCCGCGUCACGACCUUUUGCCGCGCGCGGCGCAUCUCGACCAACACGCUGUACGUCGUGGUCGGCGCGACGCUCAUGGUCCUCGGCUCGCUGGCGCUCAUCUCGGAAACGGCCGUGCCGCCGCCGCUGCUCAAGACGCUCCAGGCGUUCACGAUUCCGGUGUCGCUUGCGUCCAAGGUGCCGCAGAUCAUGGAGCUGCACCGCGACAAGGCCACCGGCCAGCUCAGCGUGCUCGUCGUCUUUGCGCAGCUCCUCGGGACGCUUGCGCGCGUCUUUACGACGCUCACCGAGACCAACGACCACCUGCUUUUCUGGGGCUUUGCGCUGGCGACGGUUUUUAAUGCGGUGAUCGCCGUGCAGGUGCUCUUGUACUGGAACGGGAACGAGCGCCAGGCUGCGCUCCACGAGAGCCGCUGGUUCGAGGCGGGGAAUACGCCGGGGCGGCUGCGCGGCAACGAGCUUCCGGUGGUGGCGCCCAAGCGGGACUAG